GCGUGUUCAGACAGCUCGGCCCGGGGUCCUUGUGAGUAGAGUGAGGGAGCGCGUGCUACAGGUAAACAGGGAGUUAUUAAUUCUCCUGUUUUUAUUGAAUCUGAGGAAUAAACACCAAACCCUCCAGCAUGGAGACCGCGGAGAGCACGCUGCCCGAGCCGGGGUUUGAGGAGGUCCGGGGGAAGCGGCGGGAGAAGCGGAAGAGAGCGGCGCAGGACGCGGGCAUGGAGAGCGACGAGCCUGCUGCGCCCAAGAGGCCGCAGUUCCCCCCCAUAUCAGGCGAUUUACUGCAGGGAGGUGCUGAUGAGAUGAGGAAAAUACCUGUUCCUUCUCACCGCUACACACCGUUGAAGGACAACUGGCUUAAAAUAUUUACCCCCAUUGUUGAGAACCUGCAACUUCAAGUCAGAUUUAAUCUCAAAACAAGAAAUGUUGAGAUUAAGACGUGCAAGGAAACACAAGAUAUUGGUGCGCUCACGAAAGCAGCAGACUUUGUAAAGGCAUUUGUUUUGGGAUUUCAAGUUGAGGAUGCACUUGCACUCAUCAGACUGGAUGAACUGUUUUUGGAAACAUUUGAUGUCACAGAUGUUAAGCCUCUGAAAGGAGAUCACCUCUGUAGAGCUGUUGGUAGAAUAGCAGGCAAAGGAGGAAAAACUAAAUUCACUAUUGAAAACGUCACCAAAACUAGGAUAGUCCUGGCAGACACGAAGGUUCACAUAUUAGGAUCUUUUCAGAACAUAAAAAUGGCACGGACAGCUAUAUGCAAUCUCAUUUUGGGGAGCCCACCAUCAAAGGUGUAUGGGAACAUCCGAGCGGUUGCCAGUCGUUCAGCUGAGAGAUUCUAACGCUGGCUGGAUUUCUCUGAUCUGGGACCUGUGGUGCAGCUGAUGGACUCAUACAGAAAUGUGGCAGAUUAGACACACAGGAACACGGGUCUGAAAUAUACCCAACCGGAACUAAAGAACUGUCCCGUCAUUUCUGACUGUCUGAUGGAUCAGUAAUUUCUGUAAAUAUUCACUUAAGAAUUGAUCAAAAAUAAAUAAAAAUCACAUAGCGCUGGAAAAGAGGCAACUCAUAGAUUCAGUGAGAAAUGUGAUAUUUUAAAGAUUUA